AUGUCUAUGGGUCUGGAAAGAUGAUUUAAUUCAACAAAUGCUAAAGAUAUAGGUACAUUGUAUUUAAUAUUCGCCCUUUUCUCUGGAUUAUUAGGUACAGCCUUUUCAGUGUUAAUUAGACUUGAACUUAGUGGGCCAGGGGUUCAAUAUAUUUCUAAUAAUCAAUUAUAUAACAGUGUAAUUACAGCUCACGCUAUAUUAAUGAUAUUCUUCAUGGUUAUGCCUGCAUUAAUAGGUGGGUUUGGUAAUUUUUUAAUGCCUUUAAUGGUAGGUGGUCCAGAUAUGGCAUUCCCUAGAUUAAAUAAUAUAAGUUUCUGAUUAUUACCCCCUAGUUUAAUAUUAUUGGUAUUUUCUGCCAUAAUUGAAGGUGGAGUAGGUACAGGUUGAACACUUUAUCCUCCAUUAUCAGGAUUACAAAGUCAUAGCGGACCAAGUGUAGAUCUUGCUAUUUUUACUUUACAUUUAACAGGGGUAAGUAGUUUAUUAGGAUCGAUAAAUUUUAUAACAACAAUUGUAAAUAUGAGAACACCAGGAAUAAGAUUACAUAAAUUAGCAUUAUUUGGAUGAGCAGUAGUUAUAACAGCAGUAUUACUUUUAUUAUCAUUACCUGUAUUAGCUGGUGGUAUAACUAUGGUGUUAACAGAUAGAAAUUUUAAUACAUCAUUCUUUGAAGUAGCUGGUGGAGGAGAUCCUAUAUUAUUCCAACAUCUUUUCUGAUUCUUCGGACACCCUGAAGUUUAUAUAUUAAUUGUGCCUGGUUUCGGUAUAAUUAGUACAACUAUAUCAACUAAUUCAAAUAAACCAAUAUUUGGUUAUAUAGGUAUGGUGUAUGCUAUGAUGUCUAUAGGAAUAUUAGGAUUUAUAGUAUGAAGUCAUCACAUGUAUACAGUAGGAUUAGACGUAGAUACAAGAGCCUACUUUACAGCUGCUACAUUAAUAAUUGCUGUACCUACAGGUAUAAAAAUAUUCUCAUGAUUAGCUACUUGCUAUGGAGGAUCUCUAAAAAUGACACCUUCUAUGUUGUUCUCAUUAGGUUUUGUAUUUAUGUUUACAAUAGGAGGAUUAAGUGGUGUUGUAUUAGCCAAUGCAUCACUUGAUAUAGCUUUCCACGAUACUUACUAUGUUGUUGCUCAUUUCCACUACGUUUUAAGUAUGGGAGCUGUAUUCGCAAUGUUUGCAGGAUGAUAUUUCUGAAUACCGAAAAUAUUAGGUUUAAAUUAUAACUUAAAUUUAGCUAAAGUUCAAUUCUGACUUUUAUUCAUAGGGGUUAAUCUUACAUUCUUCCCACAACAUUUCUUAGGUUUACAAGGAAUGCCUAGAAGAAUUAGUGAUUACCCUGAUGCUUUUGCAGGUUGAAAUUUAAUCAGUAGUAUAGGUUCUAUAGUAAGUGUAAUAGCUGCUUGAUUAUUCUUAUAUAUUGUAUAUUCACAACUAGUGGAAGGAAAAGUUGCAUCUAGAAAUCCUUGAUUAACUCCUGGAUUCUACACAGACGUACUGCAAGCGAAUUUAAAUAGAAGUUACACUAGCUUAGAGUGAGGAUUAUCAAGCCCACCUAAACCUCAUGCAUUUGUUAGUCUACCUUUACAAAGCUAA